AUGUCGGGCCGCUCGGUACGCGCCGAGACCCGCAGCCGCGCUAAGGAUGACAUCAAAAAAGUGAUGGCGGCCAUCGAGCGCGUCCGCAGAUGGGAGAAGAAGUGGGUGACGGUGGGCGACACUUCCCUGCGGAUAUUCAAGUGGGUGCCGGUGGCGGACAGCAAGGAGAAAGAGAAAUCCAAAUCGAGUAGCAGCGCUGCCCGAGAACCCAAUGGCUUCCCAGCUGACACCUCUGCCAAUUCCUCUCUCCUCCUGGAGUUCCAAGGUGCUGUUUCUGCAGAUGAGAACAGCAACCAGAGCUCCCUGUCUGAUGUCUACCAGCUCAAGGUGGACAGCAGUCCCAACUCUAGCCCCAGUCCCCAGCAGAGCGAGUCCAUGAGUCCUGCCCACACGUCUGACUUCCGCACGGAUGACUCGCAGCCACCCACACUGGGGCAGGAGACGCUGGAAGAGCCCUCCCUGCCUUCCUCGGAAGUUGCAGAUGAGCCUCCCACUCUCACAAAGGAAGAGCCAGUCCCCCUUGAGACUCAGGUAACUGAAGAGGAGGAGGACUCCGGUGCACCGCCUCUGAAGAGAUUUUGUGUCGAUCAGAACUCUGUGUGCCACACGGCCUCGGAGAGCUAG